AUGCCACACCUCAGCAGACGGGCAGAGUGCAAGAGCGAUGCACUUGAACACGAGACAAUCAGUGAGAAACCGCUGUGGAAGGCCCUGACCUUUCACCACUUCGGCCUCAUACUCUCAGCGACUUUUGGCGCGAUUGCAGUAGUCAUCGCCUUCUUCCUCAUCUUCCGGCAUGCUACCCACUACCUGAAGCCGUAUGAGCAAAAGCACAUUAUUCGGAUCCUUCUUAUGAUCCCCAUUUACGCCGUUGUCUCCUUUCUUAGCUAUCUCUACUACAAAAAAGCCAUCUACUUCGAACUUCUGCGAGACUGCUAUGAGGCCUUCGCCAUCGCUAGCUUUUUCACACUCAUGUGUCAUUACAUUGCACCAAACCUCCACGAUCAAAAAGAGUAUUUCAGGAAUGUCGCCGCCAAAAAUUGGGUUUGGCCCGUUACAUGGAUGCAGAAAUGUACCGGCGGAGAGAACAACGGGUGGCUGAGAAAGCCGCGGAGCGGGCUGACAUGGUUCAACGUCGUGUGGAUUAGCAUCUUCCAGUAUUGCUUCAUUCGACCAUUCUUCACCAUCGUCGCCGUGGUUGCACAGACGCAAGGCCGCUACUGCUCGAGCUCCAAAGAUCCCCGAUAUGCAUACAUCUGGGUGGCAGGCUUUGAAGCUGUCUCGGUCACGAUCGCCAUGUACUGUGUUGUACAGUUCUACAUUCAAUUGAAGGACGAUCUUGCGCCACAUAGACCGUUCCUAAAGGUGCUGUGCAUCAAGCUCGUCAUUUUCUUCUGCUUCUGGCAAAGUUGGAUAAUCUCUUUAGUGACGGCAGAUGGUGGUCCCUUGAAGGCAACUGAUCAGAUCGCUGGACCAGACCUACGUAUCGGUAUUCCGUCGAUGCUCACCUGUGUUGAAAUGUCCAUUUUCGCAAUCAUGCAUCUCUUCGCCUUCCCAUGGAAGCCAUACGAUCUCAAACGCCAGAGCCCAUUGGAUACGACUAUCGACGGAUAUUCACCACAGCCGACAAAAUACGCGAACGGAGCAGCACGCGCCCUUCUAGAUUCUCUUAAUCCCUGGGAUAUCGUCAAAGCCAGCGGUCGCGGUUUCCGUUGGUUGUUCUAUGGCGCACGACACCGCGAAAAUGAUGCCUCGUACCAGACAAAGAUGGAGCCGGUUACCACGAAUACCAGCUACAACGGCCCAACGUUUGCAGGGAAUGGCGAGCCAAUUGUUGCGUCUGGAUCCGUGACGAAGAACGAAGGGUUUGGCGACUCAGAUACCACAGGUCUUCUGAGCAACGCGCAAGCUAACCCGUACCUACAGCAGGGUGCGACUUCGUACGACGGCGCGUUCGGACCCGGGACAAUCUAUGGAAGCCCGCCAAAUCCGGACCGCCUUCCGCAAGCGCCGCUUCCUGGACAGGAAUACGGCGUAGCCCACCAUGGCUCUAGAAACGAUCGAUUCCAGGACUUUGAACAACAAGACACUACGUAUCAUGGUGGUGCAGCUGUCGAUAGCUACUAUGAGCGACCAAGAUACUAUCAGGGUAACAACGAUGUAAGGCCGAGCACAGAGUGGGAUAUGUUUGCAGGAGCGAAUCAGCCUGCUCAAAGGCCCGUAGGCGAUAGCAAUCGCCCUCCAGGACGGAUGUAA